AUGCUCUCCCUGCUCAGUGGGCUGGCUUUGACGGCCGUCUUCUUCCUGCUCCUGAAACUUGGCACCUUCUGCUGGGACAGGAGCUGUCUUCCUCCUGGCCCACUCUCCUUCCCCAUCCUUGGAAACCUGUGGCAGCUAUGCUUUCAGCUGCACCCAGAGACACUGCUCCAGCUGGCACAGACCCACGGCAGUGUGUUCACCGUGCGGGUGAGCCCAAUCCCCAUUGUGGUGCUUAGUUGCUUCCGGGCAGUGAAGGCAGCGCUGGUCUCCAACUCGGAGCAAUUCUCUGGCAGGUCCCUCACCCCGCUCUUCCAGGACCUGUUUGGAGAACGAGGCAGGGCUGCCCCUCCUGCUGUGCAGGGGGAGGCGGCUAGAUGGUCACUACACUCAGGGAGUCGGGGCUGGCUCAGAGCUGUUAACAGAGAGGGGACUGCCAGGACCUGUGUGAGGGGUGGGGGUGGUAUGACAAGGAACCAGCUCUGGCGGUUGAAAGACCUGGAUUCAAGUCUCAACCCAAGCCCUGGCCAGCUCUGGGACCCUGGACAACUGUACGACGUAUUUCCCUGGGCCCUCCGUCACCUCCCAGGACCCCACCAGGAGAUAUUUAGGUACCAAGAGGUCGUGCGGAGCUUCAUCUGCCAGGAGAUCACCAGGCACAAACUCAGGGCACCGGAGGCCUCCAAGGACUUCAUCAGCUGCUACCUGGCCCAGAUCUCCAAGGCCAUGGUUGACCCCGUCUCCACAUUCAAUCAGGAGAACCUGGUCCAGGUGGUGAUCGACCUGCUUCUGGGAGGCACCGACACCACGGCCACCACCCUGCGCUGGGCACUCAUCCACAUGAUCCAGCACAGAGCUGUCCAGGAGAGGGUGCAGCUGGAGCUGGAAGAGGUCCUGGGUGCUGCCCCGGUUGUCUGCUAUGAAGACCACAAGUGACUGCCUUACACCCGUGCUGUCCUCCACGAGGUGAAGCGCCUCAGCAGUGUCGUGGCCGUGGGUGCCGUGCGCCAGUGUGUGACCUCCACACGUGUGUGCAGCUAUCCCAUGAGCAAGGGCACCGUCAUCUUACCCAACCUGGCCUCUGUGCUCUAUGACCCUGAGUGCCGGGAGACUCCUCGACAGUUCAACCCUGGCCACUUCUCGGACAAGGAUGGAAACUCUGUGGCCAGUGAGGCCUUCCUGCCAUUCUCUGCAGGGCAUCGUGUGUACCCAGCGGACCAGCUGGCUUGAAUGGAGCUCUUCCUGAUGUUUGUCACCCUCCUCAGGACCUUUCGGUUCCAACUGCCAGAAGGGAGCCCGGGGCUCAAGCUGGAGUACAUCUUUGGGGGCACUUUACAACCCCAGCCCCAGGAGAUCUGCGCAGUGCCCCACCUGAGCAGCCACAGCCCUGGUCCUAGGGAGGAUGGCCUUUAG